GUCAAAAAGAGCAGCCAAGGACUGACCACCCUCGCGGUUCCUCUGUCCUCUCAGCACACGCAAUCCACAACCAACAGAGGAGCAAAAAACACUUUGCCCUGUUCUCACCACCUUUUACCAAAUCUGGAUAGUUCAUUCAUAGGAGCUUUUCAUUUUCGGAAGAGUUGUUCUUGUUUCUAUAUAGAACUAAUACCUGCUUCUUGGCUUUGUUUUUCCUUAUAAAAUGGACAUAAGGCAAGUUUUGGAAAGUGUGAUGUGCUCUGGUGCCUAUUUGCAGGCCGACUAUAAAUAGUCAAGGAGGCUAUGCAUGCUCAUGUUUGAUUGGAAAUUGCAGCGCCUUAAGUCAGUGCCGUAGGGUAUCUGUCAAAGGAGGGAAAGAAACUUCUGAAUGCUCUAAUCAACCGCUCAGGUGACCCCUAAAGUAAGCGAUAGGAUAUAUUAGGUUUUUUUUUCCUUGAGAUUUAGUUUUUUUUUCUUGACAACCCCACUUCAUCGGGUGGGAAUGGGUUCACGGAGGACAAUGACACGCUACUCUUUUGGUAAUGGAAGAUCCAGCAAUGGAAAUGAUGUCAGUGGGAAUAACCGGUCCAGCGGCUGCAGCUACCUCUCCAACGUGAGGCCAGAAAACAGGAGCACGUUCUGCAGUGUGAUGGCACAUUUAACUGAGGAAACGCAGCCGUCUUUUGUGACAACCCUGAAGUCCAAGGCUGUGUCAGAAAAUUCCAACGUCAAGUUUGUCUGUGUGGUUACAGGAUUCCCUGUCCCUCAAAUUACCUGGUACAAGGAUGACAAACAGCUGGACCGAUACUGUGGGCUGCCGAAAUAUGAAAUAGUACACAAUGGAGAAAACCAUUCCCUGCACAUUCACAAUUGCACCGUGGAAGACGCAGCCAUAUACCAAGCCUCUGCCACCAACAGUAAAGGUAUUGUGUCCUGCUCGGGGGUUCUGGAAGUGGGUGAAAUGAAUGAGUUCAAAAUUCACCAAAAUUACUUUGCCAAGUUGAAAAAGAGGUCAGAGAACAAAUGCAGGGAAACAGAAGGUAAAGAAAACCAGGAACCGCUACGAACCAUCAGUCCAGACCGGACGCAGAGAAAACGCCGCUCCACAAUGGCGACCUUUUUCAGCACGUCGGGCUCCACGGAGGACGAGAGCACCGAAGAGAUUCGUCAGACCGCUGGUCUCGUGAGUGAGGACGGUCUACAAGAGGCCAUUGUGGAGGAGGCUGAGAAAAAGCCCACGGCAGUAACUCACGGAGCAGUUUCAGUUGUGACAAAUGGACCGACUGACAAUGACAGUGACAGUAAGAGAGGGAAAAACAUCUUUGACCCUGCUCAUAAGGCGUCUACCGCACAUCAGCCCAAAACUCCUUUUGCUAAGAAGAAGAUUAAAAUUUCCAAUGUUGAACAAGUUGCAAAAGCAGAUCUUAUGGGAGGGAGGAUGUCCAGUGAACGGAGUGCAAAUGAUGAGACUUCUUUACCUGGAAGUCCAGCCUGCACAGAUGCAGCACGAGGUGCUGGGAACUCAGAAGAGGUUAUGGAAAUAGAAAACAAAGUGCUUUCAUCAACUCUGGAUCCACAUUCAAGAAACAUCAAAGAACAGAACAAACCAACAACAGAGGAGGCGAUGCUGGCUGAGAGUCCGUCAGAAGACAACCGCACACGUGCCGAGGUAACUGUAUCUUCACAGAGAGAUUUCACACCCUCGGUGCCCGCUGUUGCUCAUUUGUCUUCAAUUCAUACAAUGUCAGGAGCUGAGGUCGACAAAGCUGCAAAACAUAAGAAGGAAAAUGCUUGCAAGGAUACAAAGGAAAAUUUAAAAACACCAAACUUAAUCACUUCAACACAAAAACAGCCAAGUGUCAAGUCAAGUCUGCUGAACACAUUAAAGGAGAACAGGACUGAACAUGUUCCGACCGUGGAUAUUAAUGUGCAGUCGAAAGCGUCCACUGAUGGAUGUAUUUCACACAGUUCCAGUGAGUCAGUAGACACACCAUGUGACACGAGGACUGGUUUACUUCGGCGCCCGUGUGAACUGGGUGGAAAUGAGCUGUCUGAGAAAGAAACGAGCCCCUGGCAAAAAAAGGAGCCUGUGCCGUCUCGAUCAGCUGAGGUCACGCAGGCCCACACAAAGACGAACAGGAAUGAUGCUCUCGUCAACCUGGAACCACCACCUGACCGGCGCGCAGUCGGCGCGCAACUGCGACAGAGGACAGACGACAUCCGGGCCUCUUCUUUAUCUGCUGCUUUUCAAGGACCCACUGACGAAAGGACACAGAACACACGGGCUCAUUCCAGGGACUCAAAUGAGAGCCGUUCAGUUCUUUUUACAAACCUCCAGGGGUCACCUCUUAAAAGUGCUGGUGGUGGGGAGGACACCCCGGGAUAUAAUGUUUCCCCCGCUGGCUUGCAAAGCCCAGCUGAUACAGCUAUAAAAUCUAUUGAAGGGACAGAAAUACAAGUUGUUGAGAAGGUAGAGGGUUAUGAUGAGGGAAAGUGUUUAAUACAGGCUGAUAGUGUGAACCCAAGCAAGAAGGUAGUUGAAAUGGAGACUGAAACUACUAGUUUACAUUUGACCCAACGAACUAAAACAGAAACUGUCAAGAAAGCAGGAAACAAGCGCUCUGGUUUGUUAACUAAGGAAACUUCUCACAUAGAAACCAAGAAGACAGAGUCCGUUUCAAGAGUAAUGGAGAAAACCAAUUCUGAAUUACAGAAACUGAAAGUGGAUACUGCUGAGACUGCUGCCCUGCUCCUGACAAAGACGCCAGAAAACGUAAACACGGUGGAACAGAUCCAAGGCUUCAAGGAAAUCCCAAAGCCUGUAACCAAAGUCAUAUCUAUCGCUGAACUUUUGAGGUCUCAGUUAAAGUCUCUGGAAUCAACUCUCACAAAUUCAGUCUCUAUUAUACCAGUCCACACUAACUUAGCACAAGAUCCCAUUACAGCAGCUUUGGGAGUAUGCCAGGAGUUAAAAGAUAACACUAAACAGGAAGAGAAGACACUGAAGACUGACAGCGAAACUGGAUGGAGCACUGAGGAUCCACCUCCCUCAAACAUAAAGGUAGCACAUACGGGGGUUUACCAGGAACUAAAUAAAACCAAACAGGAACAAAUUAAAACUUCAGAUGUAACUUUAGCACCGGUCCAGGUUUUGCCUGGACAUCUUGUGAUCCCUGAUGUUUCUCUAAGAGAAACUGGCAAGGUUACAGACACAAAAGGACUACAUGGAAAUGUCAAAAAGGUUGUGGAUAUUAGCCUAGGAGUAGAGACGUCAGCUGUCGUUCCCUUAAAAGACUCAUCUGUGGUUCCCAAUUCAGGGAUUCAAAAUGUAAAACACAGUCCUCCCUCGCCUCCAAAGGACAGAUUUACGAUCGGACUUCACUCACUUUCAAAUCUACCUGAAAAUGUCAUUCAGGAAUCUCAGUCUCCACUUACAGUGACGCAUGUGGGGCCCAGGAUCCGAAGGGAAAACGCUGCAGUUUUGGAGCACACCCAAGAUGAACCUGUCCAAGGCAACAGCAAGGAGAUAAAUCCAGAAAUAAACCUCAUCAGCACGACGGAAAAGGCGGUGACAGACAUUAAUAUGAAGACAGAGGAGCAAAGUAAAAGUCCAGUUUCUUUUCAGAGUGUCCAAAAAUAUCCUGCUGAAAGUGAAUCAAACAUUGGCACACAACAGAAAAAUGUUCAUCCCAGUCACCAGGAGAGCUCCAUGGUGAAGGAAGUCUUGAGGUCUGACUCCUUUGCCACACCAACUCCAGAGUCAAGUCCGCUGUUGAAGAAAAGAAACAACAUUUCUCCCAUACCGUCUGCUACUCCACAAGAGCUAGCCUCUGGAGCACGUCGCAAAAUCCUGCUGCCCAAGGCCAGCCCUGAAGAGGCUGCAGAGACCACAUCACUCACCGAUGCCCAAACCGAGAAAAAGGAGGUACUGGUGCAGAGCAGCAAGCUCUCAACCAGUUCUGUGACCCUUUCCUUGUCUCCGGGCCUGUCUCGGCGGUCAGCUCUUCUUCAGCCACAUGCAGACACGCUAACGUCUCCAGUAGAAAGGCGUUCUCCACUCUUGAAUAGACGGAAGGCGCCUGAAACCCUAACAGUCGCCCAGCCGCUCACCGAGAAGAUCCACGCUGAAGAGAAACCAGUGGAGAAGGAUAAACAUGACCAAUUUAAAGCUCCUCAGGUUAUCCGUAAAAUCCGGGGCACGGCCUUGGCUGACGGCUCGGGACACUUGAAGCUUUGGUUCCAGUUCUUCAACGUUCUUAGUGACUCUACCAUCAAGUGGUACAAAAACGAAGAGGAGAUUGCUCAGGUGAAAAGAAAAGCGGGGGAUGAAACUCAGGCCAACCUCGCCGUUGUUCAGGCGUCCUCCGUGGACUCUGGUGUUUACGGAUGCUCGAUAACAAAUGAAUACGGAACAGCCGACACUGACUUCCUCCUCAGUGCAGAUAUCUUGGCUGGAAUGUACCUACGUGAGGACCUCAGCGUUGGGGAGGAAAUCGAAAUGACGCCCCUGAUAUUCACCAGGGGUUUGGCUGAUUCUGGUGUUUGGGCAAACAAAUUCUUUGGACGCAUAAUGAUGACAACAUCUCGCAUUGGCGAUGGCUGUUCUCAUAAAGUCUGGAGAGCAAAAGUUAUCUAUGGCCUGGAGCCCGUGUUCGAGUCCGGUAAUACGUGUAUCAUUAAAGUACGGAGCCUCCUCACCUAUGGAGGCAAAGAAGACAGCGGUGUGUUCGAAAGGAACCUGGAAACGAUGAAGCAGGUAUGUAAAAUUCAGAACUUAGCUCGGGAAUACUGCAAAGUCUUCGCUGCAGAAGGAAGGGUCCUAGAAAACUUUGGCCCAACUCUUGAGGUGGUUCCAGUCUAUUUGAUGUAUCGACCAGCGAAUGCUGUUCCCUACGCUACAGUGGAGGCAGAUCUCCCAGGAGUGUAUAAGAAAUAUUCAGUCCUCCAUCAUUCAGGGAGAUUAGACAUGAGGACCGGUUCAGAGGUGGAGCAGAAGUGCUGCACCUUGCAGCACUGGAUCUUCCAGUGGACUAAUGGCAAUUUGCUACUCACUCGACUGGAAGGUGUUGACACCAAGAUCACCAAUGUGGGAAUAUCCGUUAAAUCGACGGGGCAUCAAGGUUUGCCUGUUGAAGGGAAUCCCAAAGUUUUCGAGCAGUUUGUCUCGCAGCACAAGUGCAACUACUUCUGCGGCCUGCUCGGCCUCAGGUCUCUCAAGGUUAUGGACUCUUUGUCGACGCCGUCAAAGCCGAAGGGGUCCAAAAGCCCCUCACUUCAGCGAAGGAUGGCUGCUGGCUCCUCCAGCCCCCAGAGCACCAGGAAGGCAGCUGGCAGCCCCAGGCUGACUAGGAAGGCUGAACAAGAUAGAAGCACAACCCCCACUAAUCCAAAACCAACAGAAGCACCCGGAGUGGUUAAGAUGCCAUAAAAAUAACCACACGGAGGAAGAAAGAGACUUCAUGAUGACAUGGCUCAACUUUUGAAUCGUAACAGCCACCAUUCCUUGCUUUUUGCUGUAAUACAUCUCACUUGUGUGCGGCAUUCUUGUUUUAACUUUACAGCUGAAGUGUGUAACAAGAAGCAGAGUCCUUUGUGGAUUUUUAUUCUGUUGCUUAAACACCAUUAAUCCCGUUGAAGAUUGUGGGUGACAAUCUCAGGUCAGUGUAUCUUUACGCUAUGAAUGUGUGACAUUUUGGGCUUAAGUGGGAUUGAUUUUUACAAUCUACAUUCAUAAUUUUCAAGGUUAUCCUUGGCUACUCUUGUCAACUCAAGGGAAAACAACUCCAUAAGUACUGUAGUAAGCUUUGACUGAGGUCACACAACAGGAAAUGUUUCUUUUUCUUGUUCUUUUAGGAAAGUAACAAGCCAAAUGUAGCUUCACAUGACGCUGUGUUUACAGUGGCCGACAUUGUUGUGUCUUUAUGUUGUUACCUGACUUGUUUACUUGCUCUUAAAUUUUGCACUUUGCAUUUUUAGCAACUGCACCAUUGAAUUCAACUGGCUGAACAAUAAAAGAUAUGGUUACACG